GGAUGAUAGCAAACUUCGUCCUCAGAAACAACAGUGGGAGCGAGCCGACAUCGCUGAAAAGCAAAAGACGGUAAUGGCCAAGCCUGACCCCAAGGUGAAUGAGUAUAGCAAGCUCGAUGACAGUGUAGGAAGUAUUACCUGACAUUCAGUCAUACUCACCAAAGCAGAAUGCUUGAGCAAUGAAGGCACUCUCAAAUUCGAAGGUAUUCUAUGUGGGCUAAUGGCAAACCUGUACUGACACCAGCAUUACAGACCGCUGUAGGAUGCUCUAUCAAGAUCACAAACGUGAGAUUGCCUCCAAACAAGGAUGAGGACAAGGAUGACACUGAUUAUCGUGAGCUCGCUGCCACUGCCACCGCCGACAGUCCCAUCGCAAGUCACCAGCCACCAAAGACGUGUCCUGGAAUGGACUGUGAAGAUGCGAUCCCCAACAAUAUCCCUGACCAGCUCAAGACUGCCUUGUCCACCUACGUUGGCCUUGUCAAGGAAAGGAAGACCAAUAUUCAUUUGGAGAUGGAUAUCUGUAUCUUAAUCAAACGAGAGCAUCGUCGGCUCAAAGCCCUCAAGGUCGCAGAGGCAAAAGGUUGGCCAGCCACGAAAAUUGAGUUCAAAGAUAUCCCCUCUUGCAUUCUGGAAAUGUAUGACGAACUCGAGAAACUUUUGUUCAAUGCGGAAGCACACGAGAACCUCUGGCUCUGGACCUGUUUCAAAGCCGACCUCGAAGUGAAUCAUUACACAAUAGCGCAAUUUGCUCAAAUGUGCGUCCCUCCAAUGUCUUUGGCGAUAUGGGAAAACUCACGCUGCGGAUACUAUGGUUCGAAAGGCACUGCAAUUGUUAUGCACACGCUACUCCAGCUAUUUCCACCAACGACGUCCACUGAUGCUUUUCAGCCUCUUUCACUUUUGCAGUACCCAACCUACUUCAUAAUUCCCCAUGUCGUCUGUCAGUUUAUCGCUCAAGACUUCGGCCUUUUGUCGACCAUGCCCGUGCACAAUAUCAUGGUAGAAAGUAACGAUGUUGGCGAACUGAUCAAUCCUGAGCGCAAUGACGAUGAUGAGCUCGAUCAGAUAAACGUGCAACGACAUUCACUCUUAAACAGAGAAACCUCAAGGGCUGAACGAUCCAUGAUGCUGCUAAGGCACUGGUUGCGCUUCAAUAUGCAAAGACAACUGAUGUUCCAGGAUCAGUCAAACGCUCGCCCAAAACCGCAUCUUGUGCUUCGUCCACCAAAGGAGGGAGCCCCUUGCAUGUCUAGUGCUUCGGGUCAGCAAGAAACCAUUCAGGUCCAUUGAAACAUAGCGAUUUGACCACAGAAUCACUACACACCGCAUUUCAACCAUCCAGGUCGCCGCAAGCACUAGUGGUGCUUGCAUAAACACAACUACGAGUCAUUCUC